AAUGGGUUUCCCAAUAAAGGAAGAGAACUAUUCCCAUGAAAGGGCGGAAAGUAAGAUCAACUCUACCGCACAAAAAUGCACUGGAUAUGAAGCUAUACUUUUAGGAUUAACAUAAGCAAAUUGGCGCUAUGGUUUAUUUUAUCUUUCUCAUUGUGGGGAUCAUCGUGUGUGACACAUCUGGUUUGAAUCUUAACUGCACAAACGACUAUGAGACAUUGGUGUUUUGUCACACUGACGCGCGUAAUUGCACGGAACUCAGAAUGACUUUCCACGACACUGAACAGCCCGCGGGGAUGUGCGUGUUUGACCCGUGCGCAGGAGGAUGCUGCUGCAAAUGGAUAGACGACACCGCAGUUAUUCUUGGCAAUGAAUUUGUUGCAGAGGUUUAUGAAAAUGGACUACGUGUGUACAGACAACCAAUCAAAAUAUAUGAAACCAUAAAACCCCAAACUCCAACCAUUCUCUCUGUGGAUAAAUUAAACAAUAUCUAUCAAAUAAAAUGGAAAACAAAUGCAAAAAGGUCAAUCCGUGAUGAACUUUCCGCCACUGUGACAUACUGGAAAAAAGGAGAUACGUUUAAGAAUAUCAGUAUUGUGAAGCCAAGUACAGUGGAAGACAUGAAUAUUUAUGAAAUACUUGGUCGCACUUUGGAGGCAAAUACAGAUUAUGUGGUCAGUGUGAGGACCUACACACUAUUUAAUGUUUAUAGUGACAGCAGCCAAGAGAUGGAAUUCACAACAGAUUUGUCCCAAAAUGGUCUGUUUAUCGCAGUGAUCAUAGUCCUGUGUAUUAUUGCAAUUGUUAUCAGCGGAGUGUCCUUUGCUUCUUUUAUCAAGUUAAAAGGAAAGCUAUGGGACGGAGCUGCGAUGGUUGAAAAGCCAAACCCUCUGAAUAUUAAACCUAAGAAGGAAGUGAUUCUGACACCGGAGUUCCUGUCCGUUUACCCUUUAACUGUAGAACCGCUUAUUCCUUAUUCCAGUCUGAUGUUGUCUGAGGAGUCCCUGUGUGACAGCAGCGGCAGGUCAGGGCAGAGCAGCGGCAUGAGCUCGGCCUCGUCUUCUCUGGACUAUGCAAACACAGAACCAGCGGACAUCGAAGCGCGUGUCCUGGGCGCCCUAAAGAACGCCUUCCCGAUGUUUAUUCCAAGUACGGACACCCCGGAAUACAGGGAUCCCAAAGAAAACUGCGCGAAGACAACCGCCUGUCCAGUGAUGUUUGAGAAUAAAAGUUAUAUAUUUACCCAAAGUCCAAAAACUACAGAUGACGCUGACAGGCAGGUGACGGGUGAUUCAGGGUACCAUUCAAGUGACGCGCCACCGCUACAAGAUUUCUUCAUUCCUCCUCAUGUUUUGACUAUUGAUCAGCCUUGUACUCUGUCAGAAGACGCCUGUAAUGGUCUGUCACCUGCCUCUCACAGCUUUCUCCCAGUAGUUUAUGGUUACCAGGCGUUUGAGGAAGUAGAGCCGUCCAAUAAUGUGCUAUUAGAACAUACUAGUGAUUGUCAGUCAUUGUCAUUCCUAACUGGAUUGACAAAUAUUUUAAAAACCUCAGAGGUGGGCCAUUUUGAGGUAGGAAUCCCACAUGUGUCUGAUGAGAUCAUUGUAGACCCUGGAUAUCACUGUGUUUAAUGUUCAUUCAAGAAACGUUUACCUUCAUUCAUCAAUUUUAGUUGGUGAUGCUCAGAAUUGCACAUCUCUUUUGACUUUUUGUCUUUUACAUUUCACAAUAGAUGACCAUUAUACACUAAAAGUAUUUAUUUGUACUUGCCUGUGCUAUUGCAAUGCACUUUCUAAAGCAUACAGUAUGGUCUAUAUGUAUUUGUAUAGCUGUGUGUGUGUUUGUUUUUUAUAAAGUGGUUUUGUUUUUUUGUAGAAAUGUCACACAUCGUUUGGUUCCCUCAAAUGCAAUCUUGCCAUGUCAACAACAUAUUUAAAAGCUGGUUAAGAUUACUUCCUCGUUUUCUUCUCUAGAAAUGUAACUGCCAAACCUUUCACAAAGAAACUUGGCACAAAUCCAGUAAAUGUGAUUAAUGGCUACACAUUUGUAAAUAAAAUGUUUCCGAGACCCACACAU